AUGUCUGGAAAUCUCUCAAGCGCUGCCGAAGACCGCAAAGCCCGUCUGGCCGCCCUCAAAUCUCUCAAGCGCAAACAACCUUCAGAACCCACAGAAACAGACGACAACACCCACACUGAACAGAAUCCUUUCCAAGAUGAGCUCCAAGACGUUUCUUCCACAAUACUCUCGGGCCGCAACUACGAUGCCGCAACGCGCGCUCCAAAACUCGGUUUCGAGAAUGAUCCCUCAGCCCAAGAAAACACCCUGGAGAGAAAAGCACAGGAGCUGGCAGAAGCAACAAAGAAGCAAGCAGAGCAGGAAGAUCAACAAGACGCACCUUUAGAUCUGUUCAAGCUGCAGCCCAAAAAGCCAAAUUGGGAUCUGAAGCGCGACUUGGAUCGCAAGUUGGAUAUCUUGAACGUGCGCACCGACAAUGCCAUUGCAAAAUUGGUGAGGCAGAGGAUAGCUGCUACCCAGGCCGAGAAGAGAAAAGCUACUGGUGCGACAAACAAUGAGGGUGAAGCUGUUGGUAUGGAAGGCGCAGAGCUGCUCGAAGCUACCAAUUUGAGAGAAAAGGAGGAUGAAGAAGAAGCCAGAAGGGAGGAUGAAGCCCAGGCCGACCUUUUGGAUGGCAGCUGA